AUGGCAAAGAACAGCGUCAAGGAAUUAUCCGCGUCUGAACGCUCGCAGGUUCACGUUGGCGAUAACUACAUCUUGAGCCCGGAAGACAACAAAUGCAUGAUUGACCUGCGAGGCACCGAUCCACGCCGGGAUAAAGAUCGCAUUGAAGAACUCAAAGGCGGCUUACUGGCAAAACCCUGCGACUGGGUCUUUGCCGAUGCGUGCUUUGCCCAAUGGCGGAAUCCCCAGAGCAACCGUCUCCUCUGGAUCAAAGCAGACUCUGGAAAGGGUAAAACCAUGCUGCUGUGCAGCAUCAUCAACUGGCUUCAGAUUAACGAAGAGGCGACGUUGGCGUACUUCUUCUGUCAGAAGUCGGAUGAGAAUCUGAGUUCCUCCGCUGCAGUUCUGCGGGGGCUUGUCUACAUGUUGGCCAGAGAGCACGGCACCGUUCGAGAACUUGUGCAGGAUGAGUACAAGAACGCAGGAAGGAGUUUGUUCUGUGAUCACAAUGCCUGGUACGCGCUAAAGGAAAUCCUUAGCAAGGCUCUCCACCAGGAAGGCUUAGGGGACAUCGUCAUCAUUGUCGACGCUCUCGAUGAAUGCAUGAUUGGCAUCCAUCAGCUUCUGAAUCUCGUCGCCAAAUUCUCCUCUGAGACUCCACGAGUGAAAUGGAUCGUCUCAAGCCGGAACGAAUCAGACAUCGAACAACAUUUCGACGAGUUUAUGGAGGAUCCUAUCUUACGCAUUGAGCUCGGCGCCAGCUCCGAGGCAGCUAGUUUUCGCACCUAUCUGCAGUCCAAGGUCGAUGAACUGGCAGAGGCCCAGUGUUACGGCAAAGAGACAAAGAUGGCCGUCAAGCUUCAUCUGGAACGUAACGCCAACGCCAAUCUUCACUGGGUGACGCUCGCAUGUCAGACACUAGAGCGAGCUAGAAGGGGCCAGGCGAUCGACACAGUCCAUCUAUUCCCUCCGGGCCUGGAUAACUUGUAUCUUCACCUAUUCCGCCAGAUCCUUGAGUCCUUUGGCGAUAGACCAUGUCAAAAAGUACUUGCUUUUGCAGCAGUUGUCAGCCGUCCGAUCUCGCUGACAGAGUUUUCAUGUCUGGCUGGCAUUGAGAAAAACGAGACGGUGCAGCUUGUGGGCAUUUGUCACGCGUUCCUCACUCUGCAGCACGAAACUAUCUACUUUGUUCAUCAGUCAGCCAAGGACUUUCUCCUCUCCUCAUCAGCUCCCAUCGAGGUCGCGCCCACGCACCGCGAGAUCAUCGAGAGGUCAUUACAGGCUAUGAACUCGACACUAGAACGCGACAUUUACAAAUUGAAGCGGCCAGGUGUCUCAAUCGACGAAUUUGACGUACCUCAGCCAGACCCGCUUGCUUCAAUUCACUACAGUUGCAUCUUUUGGGCCGAUCAUCUAAUCACAUUGGCUUCAGAAGGUCGUGAAGCCAUAUCAGACCUCAUCGCCGACGGAGGUCCUGUCGAUCUUUUUCUGAGACAAAGCUUCCUCAACUGGGUCGAGGCCCUUUCUCUGUUGAAGAGUUUCCCGUCUGGUGUCCGUUCAAUUGCAAGAUUAUUAUCACUGUUAGAAGGACGGCAAGAUGUCACCAAACCAAUUCUUCUAUCCAAGCUUGUAGAAGAUGCACUCCGAUUUAUGAGAUUUCAUCAAGUAGGGAUUGAGAACUACCCGCUUCAGGUGUACUCCGCUGCCCUCAUCUUUAGCCCCAGCAAGAGUCUCAUUAGGCAGAUAUUCCAGAACGAGGAGCCAAGGGACAUACUUCUAAAACCGCAUACCGGAGAUUAUUGGAGUUCAGUUUUCUCGGCUUUCGAGGGCCACGAUGCCGAUGUUGUGGCCAUGUCCUCAAGCAGCGGCCCCAAAGGAACAGUUGUGGCCUCAGCAUCGACCGACGGGACCAUAAAGGUCUGGGAUGCAAAUACAGGAGAGUGCUUCCAUACUCUGACCAUUCCCUGCGAGCACAAAUUCCCGUUCGGUAUCUUCAGCAACCCCAGCCUGGAGAGUAUCCUCUUAUCCUUACCGGAGGGCAGUUCCGACAAACUCCUCUCAGCCUCAGGCUCGACAGUUUCCAUCUGGGAUCCCAUCACGGGCCGGCAAGAAGGAGUGUUGGAACACCCAUCCGUGGUCUCGGUUAUUGCUCUCUCUUUCUACAAUGGUACUACAACCGAGUGUGUCACAUUAUCUACCGACUGGACCGUCACCGUCUGGGAUUUGAAGACACGCAAGGCUAUCAAGAAAAUAGUCAUUGAUUCAGAAAACACUCGUAAGAUCACACUGGGACCUCUUUCCUUCGCAAAGUUUGCAUGUAGCAGUCGCGGAAACGGUCGAAUUCUCAUUCAACCUCGCUCAUCAGGUUUCUUCCUCCUACAGGUUGGACCCUUGGCGGUCUGGGAACUGGAGACCGGUAAUUGCCUUCGGGUAUUCGAGGAUGACAGCACCAUGGCCGGCACACAUCCUCGUGAUCAGUCGAGGAUUGCACGUUCUAGGUCUAACAUAGCGUUCUCGCCCAACGGAAAACUAGUAGCCACAAGUGGCACGACUGGCUGUAUCAGAGUCUGGAGCGUCGAUACCGGAGAGUGCAUUCACACUCUGGCACUAAAAGAUGGGCCGUUCAGCCAAGCUGGCCUGCCUUAUAUCUCCUUCCCCGGCGAUUUGGCACCAAUUAGUCUUGCAUUCACCAGGACAUCUGCCCAGCUGAUCUGGAUAGGCUGGUGGAGAUCCCAUGGUUCGCUAGGGGUUUGCAGUGUUGAUACUGGCAAAAGUCUGCCCAUGCUUCACGUUGCAGGUUCUUACAGUUCGAAUCUGUGCGUGUUGGGAAGCUCAAACAACAUUGUUAUUGCCGACUCUCAGAUGAUCAACGUUAUUGAUCCAGUUUCUGAGGGAAGCGAGAUGCCCGAAGGUGCAGCAGCCAACCAGCAUGUGGUAAUAUCAAACAACGAAAGAUACCUGGCAUACUUCACCCGGGAUAAUACUCUCCAGAUUCAUGACCUGGGUGUACCAAAGCUUCUCAUGGAGCGUACGUUGAACAGACGCUCGGACUCCAUGUACUUCGACAACUUGCAACUGUGGACGGUUUCCUUCGAUCCGUUUAGUGGAAAUGAUGAUUUGCCAUGUCAAUACUUGCCUGGACUCUUGGAACCUAGGCCGAUACCUCGCCACAAGUACCAGAUUGGGGGAAGUUGGAUCUUCAGAGAUUCAGAAAAGCACCUGUGGCUUCCUUACAGAUAUCGCCCUUCAAACAAGGGCUUGGCACACCAGCAUCAGGAUGUCCGGGGAUCAACGCUGGCUGUGCGCUGGGAUCCGAGCAACGUUUACUAUUUGAGAUUUUCAAACAACUCAGAAGAAGAGAGUCGGCCUUAG